AUGCAGCUUGCCAUCUUUAAACUGCUGCCAUUGUACUACAUGAUCUCCAAGGCCAUUUUCAGCCCCCAGAUGUUCUUUUCCAAGAUAGCUUACCUGAUAUAUUCCAGCAGUGUGGCAGCUGGUGCCCAGAGUGGUAUUGAAGAAUGCAAGUAUCAGUUUGCCUGGGACCGGUGGAACUGCCCUGAGAGAGCCCUGCAGCUGUCCAGCCAUAGUGGCCUUCGCAGUGCUAAUCGGGAGACAGCGUUUGUACAUGCCAUCAGCUCUGCUGGGGUCAUGUACACUCUGACUAGAAACUGCAGCCUCGGGGAUUUUGACAACUGUGGCUGUGAUGACUCCCGCAAUGGGCAGCUGGGGGGCCAAGGCUGGCUGUGGGGAGGCUGCAGUGACAACGUGGGCUUCGGAGAGGCAAUAUCCAAGCAGUUCGUCGAUGCCCUAGAGACAGGACAGGAUGCCCGGGCCGCCAUGAACCUGCACAACAAUGAGGCCGGCCGCAAGGCGGUGAAGGGCACCAUGAAACGCACGUGUAAGUGCCACGGCGUGUCCGGCAGCUGCACCACGCAGACCUGCUGGCUGCAGCUGCCUGAGUUCCGCGAGGUGGGCGCGCACCUGAAGGAGAAGUACCACGCGGCUCUCAAGGUGGACCUGCUGCAGGGUGCCGGCAACAGUGCGGCCGGCCGCGGCGCCAUCGCCGACACCUUCCGCUCCAUCUCCACGCGGGAGCUGGUGCACCUGGAGGACUCCCCGGACUACUGCCUGGAGAACAAAACGCUAGGACUGCUGGGCACCGAAGGCCGAGAGUGCCUGCGGCGGGGGCGGGCCCUGGGCCGCUGGGAGCGCCGCAGCUGUCGCCGGCUCUGCGGGGACUGCGGACUGGCGGUGGAGGAGCGCCGUGCCGAGACCGUGUCCAGCUGCAACUGCAAGUUCCACUGGUGCUGCGCCGUCCGCUGCGAGCAGUGCCGCCGGCGGGUUACCAAGUACUUCUGCAGCCGCGCCGAGCGGCCGCGGGGGGGCGCGGCGCACAAACCCGGGAGAAAGCCCUGAGGGUCUCCUUUCUCCCCUCCUUUCCCCAUUUGUCCUUGGCUUCUUUUAGAGACCCCAGUAAUAGAGGAACCUAGGGAACGCCCCCCCCCCCACCCCACAUUCCCCUGCCCAGGGAUCCCAAGAGGGAGAGACGCUACAAUCUCUCCAGAGCUUGCCACUUUCCACCCCUUUCCUAGCUCUUUGCUCUCCUCCAGUCCAUCAUCACCCUGCAUCAUCCUCAGGGUCCACACUUAGGUCUGAGGGCUCCCAGUUCUGAGAUUCUGAGCUUCUGAUUCUCCUUGGACUAGGAUGAGAAUAGGCGUUCCUCCUCCCCUUCCUAGCUGCCCUAACGCCUGAUCUAGCCUAUACAGCCGUAGGGAACCGGAAGAACACUUCUCCGAUAUACAGGGUCAGGCUAAAGCCCUGCUUCUCUCUUUUGCCCAUUUUCUUGCCCUCCUGCCAUUUCCCCAUUUUCCUACUGCCAGGUAUCUA